AUGUUUAUUGCUUUUUCUAUUAUUUUAUUUUAAUAAUUAUUUAUUUGCGUAUUUCACAGAAUUGGGUUGUGCAAUAUUAAUUAGCGUCGAUAAGAAGGGAAUAAGUGUGUUUUCCUAAAAUAUCAGAAAUAGUAACAGUUCCAUUUUGUAUGA